AUGGCAAGCAUAUUGAAACGUUUGAAGCUUGACUUCCCCACCGUCAUGGAGCAUUACAGAUGGAUCGUCUACGCCCAAUCCCCCGAUUUCGAAGCCACAUUCAUGCCCGAGCUUCCACGAGGUGCUGGCUACGAGACUUUGAUCUCACGAAUAGCUCGAGACCCUGCUCUUGUGGGAAGUGCGGCAUUGGUUGCUACRGGACAUAUUCUUGCGAUAAGGAACACGACCAUGAGUCGGAAUAUCGCGCGAUGUAUUCUCGAGCUGAAGGAGUUUGUGUUGAAUACUGUCAAUGAGGCUCUGCGAGAUCCUGCACGGGCUACUUCCGAUCCUCUGAUCUGUGCGAUUUUGAUCCUAGCUAGUCAUGAGGGUUUACAAGGUCGGCACGAAAGUUUCCACAUCCAUAUGCGAGGUCUCGUCCAGAUGAUUAAUCUCCGCGGAGGUCUUUCCCAGUUGAAUGGGGAUCAGAAGUUUCUGGAAGCGUUUAUCAUGUGGCAGGACACUAAUGUUUCGACGCUUAUGGGUUGUGAACCGUAUUGGAAGCAGGCUCAUAGUCCUACUGAGGGGAUGCCGGCUGUUGGACCCAAUCCUGCGAUGUGGUUGUUGAAAGRGGUUUGA